UUUGCGAAUAACAAUUAUGAAAUCCAUGUGUUCGAUUCGAAUGAUUAAAAUCAACAAUUUUUUAAAAUUUUCAUAAUCAACAAUAUGUUUCCAUCCGGAAAUCUACAACAAUUAAAAUCUUUUUUUCAUGAAAAUCAUGCAAAAGUCAAAUCUGAAUGGUUUGAACAAAAAUUGGGACUAAAUUCUUCAUCGAAUAUACCAGAUUUUAAUGAAAUUUUUCAACGAUGGUUAGACGAAGAUUGGAAACAAGAUCGCCAAUGGUGUUUGCAAGUUUUACCGAAAGAAUUAAAUUUAAAUCUAUUAAAUGUUGAGAAACGAACGUUUCAUGGCCAUUAUAUCCUACAAGUUGAGAAAAUGAUCGACAUAUCUCGGCCGUUGCCAACGAAAAUUAAUGUGAGAAAAAGUAUCAAAGAUAAAAGAAAGGAGAAGCAACAAGAAAAUGAAGAUGAGAAAGAAGAAAAAAAAGAAAAAUCUGGAACGAAAGUUAAGAAAAAUGGCCAAGUUAAAUUCUAUGGAUAUGGAAGACGUUUGUGGCAAUUCUGUUUGACAGACGGACAUCAAGAAUGUUUGGCCAUUGAAUAUGAACCGUUGGAUUGGUUAAAAAAUCCAAUAAUUGGUAAAAAAGUUUUACUUUCUGGACCAUUUGAUGUAUAUUUGGGAACAAUUUUGAUUAAAACUUCAAAUUUACAAUUAUUAACUGCAAAUGUUCCAAAAUCAACAUUAAGUGCCAUUGAUCUCCAAGAAAUAUUGGAAGAAUAUGAUGCCGAACUUGAAAUGGAAGCAUUAGGCAAUCAAGAUGAUACAUGGAAAUCUUGCUGAAAAUAUCUUCAUCAUCAUCAUCAUCAUCAUUUUGUCUUUCAAUAAUUCGUUUUUUGGGUUAAUUUUUUUUUUU